AUGAGCAGCAAUGAGCACCCCGCCGCCGAUGAACCCCGCGACCUCGAAAACGGCACGGCGGACAACAAUGCGCCCCGGCAGCCCCGGAGCUCUGUCCCUUCCUUCCUCUUCAUCUCCUUCGUCCUCUUCAUGCUCAUGGGCGGCCGCGGCGACGAGUUCGCGUCCUCGCGCGACCUGUACGUCAACGGCCUCCAGUCGCUCAACCACCAGCUCUCGAACUACACCGCGUGGCUGAACGGCACCGCGACCAACUUCACCCUCCCCGCGCAAGACCCGAACACUAUGCCGCUCGUGUCCUCGUUCAUCGCCCACGGCCGCACCCUCGACCCCCGCCGCGGCUCGUACUACGCGAACAUGACCGGGUACUGGCACGCCGCCAUCCAGGCGCACAACCUCACGGCACUAAACGCGACCGAGCGGCGCGCGCCGUGGCGGCCGCUGUCGGAGCAGUGGAUGCUGCCCACGAACCUCACGCUCGUGCCGGCGAGGCUCGGGGCGUGGAACUGGACGCGGUCGAACAAGGUGACGAUCAACAUCGGGGACAAGCUCGUGCCGUUCGCGCGGAACGCCAGCGCGGGGAAUGCGGACGGAGAGGAGAAGGAGAGGGACAUUGCGAUCAUACAUGGCAAGAUCGAGUUCUCGGACCCUAUGAGCUCGGACGAGCUCCAUCUGGACUUCGAGGGCGUCCAUGUGGUGUCGACAGGCACGGUGUAUGCGUUCGCGGAGGGUCCAGGACGAGGCAACGAUAUUCGUGCACUACCAGCCCUUGUCCCCGAAGGCCUCCGGAAUGAUACCGCUCGAGCAGCGGAGAAGGAACUUCGUGCCCGGAUCAACAGACUGCAGGACAGGAUCAACACGGGAGUAUUUGAGCAGGAUACAUCUUCCACCGAUGACAGCCUCAAGACCAACUGCUCCUUCCAGUUCUAUGCUCAACUCGACCCCACCAAUGUUCCCGAAGAACAAAUGAGGGAACUCGAGAGAGAGUUUGAAGAGCCUACAGGUAUUACCACUGUGCGAGCACCGGAGCUGGCGCUUGAAGCAGUGCUGCUCAGUCAAGACUGCGGACUUUUGUACGAAGUGCAGCAUGCGACUGGCGUACAAACGAAGAGACUCUACGGCAAGAUCACCACUUACUCUGGCAUCUCCACGAUUGUCAGCUUUAUCCUCCUCGCUCUCUUCCGGAAGCAGGCGACAGAGAGCAGCUCCGCUGCUGGGUUGUCCAAAGUCUCUCGUUACACAUUCCUCAUCCAAAGCUUGAUCGAUGCUAUAUCUUUCGUGGGGCACGUCACGGUCGCCAUUCUUGCAGAUGGUCAACCUUCACUAUCAGUCCUCGCUCCAGCCGGUCUCUCAUGUCUGCUGUUCAUCUACGAGGCACAAUUUGCCGUCCUAAUAGGCCAGAUGCAAGCACACGAGGACGUGCCGUCGCCCGCUCCAGCACCACCGACGCCAGCACCACCGCCUUCUACACCUCCAGCCUCUCAGCCUCCGACUGAAGGCUCAGCUCCUGCGGGGGAAGCGACGCCACCUACCACUGCCCCGCCAACAACAACGCCCACACCCGCCCCUGCCCCUGCGCCCACACCCGCGCCCGCACAGCCUAAUGAACCCGGUCGUCCCGGCUUCCUUCCGUUCUUGUGGAACCACAUCCGCACAGACCCUGCUGCGCGACUGUGGACAAUCAUGUCGCUGUGCCUAAUCAUCCUCUUUCGGGUGGUGAUCAUGCUCUCGCUCCCCCUCUUCUUCAUCAGCAUGCUUUACCUGAGCAUGUGGGCCAUCCAGAUCUACCGGGGCGCCCGGCGCUCGCGGAGCAGCGGGCUCUCGACGACCUACCUCGUCGGGACGACGCUCGGCCGGCUCUUCUACGCUUGCUACUUCCUCGGCUGCCCGAAGAACAUCUUCGACGUCGAACCCCGGCCGUGGAUCUUCCUCCUCGCGCUCCUCAUGCUCGCCCAAGCCGGCACCCUCGACUUCCAGACACGGUUCGGCCCCACCUUCUUCCUCCCGCGCCGCGUGGCCCGCGCGGAGACGUACGACUACCACCCGCCGCUGCCGCUGCCCGACCCGGAGGCGCCCGAGCAGUCGCUCGGCGACUGCGCGAUCUGCAUGGACGCGAUCGAGGUGGACGACGGGAUGCGGCGCCGGAGGAGCAAGUCGCGCGACGGGCUGCUGGGCGGGGGCGGGAGCGGGGCGGAGGAGCGCGCGGGCUUCUUCCGGAGCGUCGCGGGGAAGGGCGCGGCGAGGAAGAGCUACAGUCUGGCGCCGUGCCACCAUCUGUUCCACACUGCGUGCCUUGAGCGUUGGUUGGCGAUCAAGAACAUCUGCCCGCAAUGUCGUCGGCCGUUGCCGCCUCUGUAA